AUGUUAUCUAGUCAGGCUGGAACAGGAGUAAGUGGAAACGGAUCACAGUCAGGGAGUAACGCAGGUCACGGAUCUGUGGUGAUUGGCAGCGGGAUUCGUCCAGGUCCUGUCCGAACUGGGCAAACGGUAUCUGUGGGUACAGGGGGGAUGCUGGGGGGUAACGCACCAGGAGUUGGAUCUCGAGGUGGAGCUAGACCUGGGAAUGGCACCGGACUGACCGCACUACAGUCUGCCGGUCAGGGCGGUAUGGGGGGUCUGAACACAGGUGUUGGGAUUCCCGGUAGGUUUGAUCCGGACAAAGAGGGUGCACCGCAAGUGUGUAGUGGCUCGGACGUUGAUUCCGAUUCGGGGGAUGAGGAGGAUCCAAUGAGUUCAGUUGCUGACAACAGACGGGGUGUUAAACGAGAGAGAGCAGAGAUGGAAACGGCAGUGUUAGGUCAGGAGGCCGGUGUCCAACCUGGAGGUUACGGUGUAGCCACCGGAGGUGUCGUUGGGGCAAAGCCAGGAAAGAAGACACGUGGACGAGUGAAGAUUAAGAUGGAAUUCAUCGACAAUAAGUUGCGGCGAUAUACAACUUUCAGUAAACGAAAGACGGGCAUUAUGAAAAAGGCAUAUGAACUGUCUACAUUAACAGGCACUCAGGUGCUGUUGCUCGUGGCCAGUGAGACAGGCCACGUCUACACGUUUGCCACACGGAAACUGCAGCCCAUGAUCACCAGUGAGACGGGAAAAGCUCUGAUCCAAACCUGUCUGAACUCACCAGAUUCGCCUCCCCGUUCUGAUCCAUCCACCGACCAGCGCAUGAGUGCCACUGGCUUUGAGGAGACCGACCUGACCUAUCAGGUGUCUGAGUCGGAGAGCCUGGGGGAGACCAAGGACACUCUGAAGCCGGCAUUUACCGUGGCCAGCCUGCCCGGUACGACCAGUGCCCAAGCCACUGCCCCCACCAGCUCUACCACCAUGCAGGUAAGCAGUGGGCCCUCCUUCCCCAUCACCAACUACCUGGCCCCCGCCUCAGCCAGCGGGAACGGCAGCACCAUCACCAGUGCCAACGGGACCGUACUCAAGACUACGUCCGGAGGAGUCAUGCAACUACCUAGCGGCUUUACCUUCAUGUCAGGAGCAGGUAUGCCCCAGCAGCUCCAGGCUAUCCAGGUCCACCCCACCACCCAGCCCAGCUCCAUCAACACCAACGACAGCAGUCCUGAAAUCUCCCAGCCCAGCGCUGUCUCUACAGUGAGUCUCCCGGCAACCAUUGUCACGUCUUCGGUGCCUACGUCUAUGGCGGGUCACAUGAUGUACCCCAGCGCCCACACGGUGAUGUACGCUUCUGCUCCUACGCUGGCUGACGGAGGCUUGGCUGUGCUUAAUGCAUUUUCACAAGGACCCCCAGCCAUGCAGGUGUCCCACGGACAGGGUACAGACACAGGUUCUGUUCCCCAGGUGUUUCUGACGGCACCUCCGGGCACGGUGCAGAUCCCGGUCUCUGCGGUGCAGCUACACCCAAUGGUGAUUGGUCAGCAGUCCAGCAGCAACAGCAGCAGCAGCAGUAACCUGACAGAACUUCAAGUUGUCAACCUGGAUGCCACACAGAAUGCCAAGAGUGAUUGA